UAAAUGAAUAGUCUGUAAUAGUUCGUGGCAAUGAUCUACGAUCCCAUGCAUUUUGUUGACGUGAAUACUAAUCUCAAAUACGAACAGUGGUGGCACAGUGACAAUUGGUGUGACAGUCAUUCCCCGCGUUUCGAGCACCAGCAAAGAUAACCCGAGCUUUCCGGACCUUUUGAAAUUACGAGAAGUUUUUGGCAUCCCUCAAUUUGAUAGAGCUCACUUCCCAGUGAUUUCAAUUACUUGAUAAAAAGCUAUUGGAAAGAAGCUAACAUUAAAGAUGGCUACAGUUCAGACACCGCCUGAAAGAAGCCUGCCGGCGACACUGCCGGUGAACCAGGAUACUAAUGACAUAGACCUGGUGGCACUGACCAUGGCCGCGUUACGUUUUGUGAACCCCUGGUCAGUGGACACUAAGAAUACUUGGUCUACAAGGAUUGAACCAGGAACUCCAGAAGCGAAGAAUCGCGUGAUAACCUUAGCGGAAGUCUCCCUGCAUGACACCCGCAACGACUGUUGGGCAGUCAUCUACGACCGCGUUUACGACUUUACUACAUUCCUAGAUGAGCACCCAGGUGGUGAUGAAAUAAUGCUGGAGUACGCGGGUCGCGACGCCAGCACCGCUUUUCGCAGCUCGGGUCACUCCAGUUCGGCUACCAAAGCCCUCGAGCGUUUCCUAGUGGGGGAACUGCCCAUGCACGAACGCAUGUACCGAAGGCCUGGUGGAAUACGCCUCAGCGAUAUCCCGGAAUGAGCACAAUUUUAACCCAAUUUUUGGAACAAACAGCCAUUCCUCAUUCUUACUUCAAAGGAUUUGUAACUAAGUCCUUGAAACUAGGGAGGGAAUAUUUAAUUCCAACUUUAAUUAAAUACGCUUUUCAUAUCUAAAUAAGGUAAUCCGUAAUAUCAUAUAAUAAAUUACCUUUACAAUGUUGAUAGUAGGUAAUUGUUGUGGAUGCUGUAUGGUUUUUACUCUGUUAAGACUUUUCCUUGAUUCUACGGUUAAUAUUGAACCGAUAACUAUCGAAGAUAAAGAAGAAUUUCUU